CUACAAUCGAGCCAUGGAUUCCCCCACUUCCGAGACGACUCCGCCUCCCGGACCGGUGACUGGUCCGUUCGUGGGAGCCAUUGACGAGGGCACCACCUCCGCCCGCUUCAUCAUAUUCCGCGCUGGCACCGAUGAGAUCGUUUGCUACCACCAGAUCGAGGUGGAGUCAAUUUUCCAGAAGGAAGGAUGGUGCGAGCAGGACCCCAUGGCCAUCGUGAACACUGUCAACGAGUGCAUUGUUGGAGCCUGCAUGAAGCUGGUCGCCGUAGGCGGCAAAGUGGAGGACAUAAUAACGAUUGGAAUCACCAACCAGCGCGAGUCUACCGUGGUAUGGGACCGGCUUUCAGGACAGCCAUUGGUGAACGCCAUCAUCUGGUUGGACAACCGCACCACCAGCACCGUGGAGGAGCUGCUGGAGACGAUUCCGAACAAUGCCCGGAACAUUAACUACUUGAGGCCGCUAUGCGGCCUGCCUCUAUCGCCGUACUUUUCGGGUGUGAAGUUGCGCUGGCUGCGGGACAACGUCCCGGUUGUCAGCCAGGCAAUGGAGAAAGGCACGGCAAUGUUCGGCACCAUCGACACCUGGCUGAUGUACAACCUCACAGGCGGCAAGGAAGGAGGUGUCCACAAGACAGAUGUGACCAACGCCUCUCGCACGAUGUUAAUGAACAUCGAAACGUUGCAGUGGGAUCCGAAUUUGCUAAAGUUCUUUGGCCUACCGAAGAGCAUUCUGCCAGAGAUCUGCUCGAGCGCCGAGUUCUACGGCAACAUUGCACAGGGUGUGCUCAAAGGUAUAAGCAUCAGCUCCGACCUGGGCGACCAGCAGGCAGCUCUUGUGGGUCAGCAGUGCCUGUCCAAGGGCCAGGCUAAGGCUACGUACGGCACCGGCUGCUUCUUGCUCUACAACACCGGACCUUCCAUCGUUCAUUCCCAGCACGGGCUUCUAACCACUGUUGGUUACCAGUUGGGACGCAAGGCCACUCCCUACUACGCUCUUGAGGGCAGUGUUUCCAUUGCUGGUGCGGCCUUUAACUGGCUCCGGGAUAACAUGAACCUCAUCCAAAACUCGGGUCAGAUCGAAGCCAUGGCCAGUACUGUGGACAACUCUCUGGACGUGUACUUUGUGCCGGCGUUUAAUGGACUCUACGCCCCCUAUUGGAACCAGGAUGCUCGAGGUGUGAUCUGCGGCCUAAGUGAGGAGACGACGAGCGAGCACAUUGUGCGGGCUACACUGGAGGCAGUUUGCUUUCAGGUCCGGGACAUUCUCGAUUCCAUGCAUAAGGACUGCAAAAUUCCGCUGGCAAAGCUUAUGGUGGACGGAGGUAUGACUGUAAACAGUCUCUUUCUGCAGCUGCAGUCGGACCUCGUGGGAAUUCAGGUGCUUCGUGCCAAAAUUGCGGAGACCACUGCACUGGGCGCUGCCAUGGCUGCAUACAAAGCCGUCGAAAGUCGAUACUCCAUGGAGGCUCCACUCUCGAAGUUAGGACCGCGCGACGCCAUCAAGCCGUCGAUCAAUGCCACCGAGCGAAAUCUCCGCUACCAGAAGUGGAAAAUGGCCAUCGAGCGCUCAUUAAACUGGGAGACUUCUUCCCUUCCUCAAGGCGAGCGGGAGGCUUUUGAUGGAGCGUAGUGCUAACA